UGUCACAAGCCGACACCCCUCCGCCCGAGCAGAGAGUGGGACGCUCCGCCUUGCUCUGGGCUCUGUUGUUGUGCAGAGCUGCAUGCACAGGGCCUGACAGAGCCGAGCCUGACAGGAAGACGAGGAAGACCUCAGGACAGAGACAUGCUGCGGACCGAGAGCCGGGAAGCUGUGUCAUCAUCCGGUCCGACCAGCACCACCGCGGAGGAGAGAGACGAGUCCAAGGCGGCGGAGAGGACGGGAAGCAUCAGUGAAAGCAGGAGAAAGUGAGGGGGAGAGGAGAGGCAAGGUGAAGGAGGAGAAGGGAGGAAGGAAAGGGAGGGAGGAAGGAGGCUGGAGCAUGAGGAGGGGCGCCUGACUGACUGACUGACAUUGCUGCUGCUUUCAGCUUUAAACACACACAAGAGGACGCAGACGCAGACAAAACCGGGCUCCGUCCUCCAUCUCUUCCUUCUUCUUAAAGCAAAAGGAUAUAGAGAAGGACGACGACGAAGAGGAGGAGAAGGAGGGGAGGCAGUAACCCUCUCCUCUCCUGCACUCAGACACACACAGCAGAGACAGAGGCAGAGAGGCCAGCAGAAAAAGGAAAGAAAACCCCGUAAAGGACAGGGAAGGGAACGCGGCUUUGUGUUCUUCAUUUCGCCGUCUCCUGUGGUCGCUCGGCCGGAGAGCGGCUAACAGGCACCGCUCAUGUCCGUGAACUCGGAGAAAUCCUCGUCCCCUGAAAGGCCUGAAACCCAGCAGAAAGCCCCGGUUAGUACCCCACCUCCUCCUCCGCCGCCUCCUCCACCUCCGCCUGAGCUGGCAGGCCCGACAGAGCCGGAGGAAGAGAUCCUGGGCUCUGAUGAUGAGGAGCAGGAGGACCCAGCAGACUACUGUAAAGGAGGAUACCAUCCGGUGAAGAUUGGGGAUUUAUUCAACGGAAGGUACCAUGUGAUCAGGAAGUUGGGAUGGGGCCACUUCUCCACAGUAUGGCUGUGCUGGGACAUACAAGUGAAGAACUUCGUGGCGAUGAAGGUGGUGAAGAGCGCCCAGCACUACACGGAAACGGCCCUGGAUGAGAUCAAAUUGUUGCGAUGUGUGAGAGAGAGCGACCCCGGCGACCCGAACAAAGACAUGGUGGUGCAGCUGAUAGACGACUUCAAGAUCUCUGGCGUCAACGGCAUACAUGUGUGUAUGGUGUUUGAGGUGCUGGGUCAUCACCUGCUGAAAUGGAUCAUUAAAUCCAACUACCAAGGUCUGCCGCUGCCGUGUGUCAAGAGCAUUAUCAGACAGGUCCUGCAGGGUUUGGACUACCUCCACACGAAGUGUAAAAUCAUCCACACAGACAUCAAACCUGAGAACAUCCUGAUGUGUGUGGACGACGUGUUCGUGAGGCGCAUGGCCAUGGAGGCCACCGAGUGGCAGAAAGCCGGAGCUCCACCCCCAUCCGGAUCAGCUGUUAGCACAGCGCCCCAGCUCAAACCGGUGAGUACGUCUGAUGUGGGAAAAAUCUCCAAGAACAAGAAGAAGAAGCUGAAGAAGAAACAGAAACGGCAGGCCGAGCUGCUGGAGAGGCGGAUGUUGGAGAUCGAAGCCUUGGAGCGAGAGGCCGAGAUCAGGGAGGAGAGAGCCAAAGAGAGCGGCGACAAAGGUGACGCUGAACGCAGCCUGCCUUCGCAGCAGCAGCAGCAGCAGCAGCAGCAGCCGGCGCCUCUGGGACCCAGCAUGGCUCUGGGAGAGAGCGACGACGACGACGACGACGAGGAGGAUGGAGAGGAUGAAGAGGAGGAGGGAGGAGAAAGGGAGAGACCCGUCAGGUUGACGAAUCACACAUGCGCUGCGCCUCCCCAGGACCAAAGCAAAUUGCCACCAAUUCCCGCUGAUAACCAACAAGAGGAGGGGGAGGAAGAGGAAGAGGAAGAGGAAGAAGAAGAGCCCACGCCUGUCGCUGAAAAAGACGUCCUCAUACCCCCCGCCUCGGAAGAAGGCGGGGGGUAUGAGGAAGAAGAAGAUUCAGGACAAGCAGAUGGGGAGGAAGAGAAGGAGGAGGAGGAGGAGGAAGAAGAGAAGGAGCCACUGAAAGUGACAGAAAAUGAGAAUGUGAAGGAAGAGGAGGAGGAGACAGAGGAAAAGGUAGAGGAAGAACGAGCAGGGGAGAAGCAAGAGGAGGAUGGAGACAUUGGAACAGAGGCACCAAAGACUGAGAGCAAAGCUGAGGAGGAGGCGGCUGCGGAAGAGGAGGAGUCAAAGGAGGAGGAGGAGGAGUACGAGGAGAUAUACGACGACGAAGACGAUGAUGAUACGACGACGACGGCGGACCUCUUCACGGACAGCAACUCUCCGGUUAAACCGCAGAUCACCAAAACCAUUUCAGCUAAAACUAACGGACAUGUCCUGUCGGUCUCCGAGUCGCUGAGACAAAACCCCGGCACGCCGCCCACUCCCUCGCCCACGCCCGAGCCCGUCCUCUGCCCCCUGGUGGAGUCCGAGCUCAGCUACACGGACCGGGACAUCUCGCUCAGCUCCGGGUACGAGAUGUACAACGGCGAAGUGGCCGAGCCGGCGCUGACCAACGGCUCCAGCGAGCAGCACCGCGCCGCCGUGCCCCUCUUCCCCGACCUGCCUCUGGACCCCGAGCCCGGAAACCCGGUUCCCGUGGGGACGGUGGACAUCGGGACAGAACCCGCAACAAAUAGCCCCACUGCGGACCGCAGUCGCACCGUUUCAUCGUCAAGCACAGGAGACACGCCGAAAGUCAGGGCCAGAGCUGCAGACCUCCUGAUCAACCCGCUGGACGCCCGCAACGCCGACUCCAUCAGAGUCAAAAUCGCCGACCUCGGAAACGCCUGCUGGGUGCACAAGCACUUCACAGAAGACAUCCAGACGAGACAGUACCGCUCCAUUGAGGUCUUGAUAGGAGCCGGAUACGGUACGCCGGCGGACAUCUGGAGCACCGCCUGCAUGGCGUUUGAGCUGGCCACAGGAGAUUAUCUGUUUGAGCCUCACUCUGGAGAGGACUACUCCCGGGAUGAGGACCACAUAGCCCACAUCAUAGAGCUGCUGGGCUGCAUUCCGAGGCACUUUGCGCUCUCUGGAAAGUAUUCCCGGGAGUUCUUCAACAGAAGAGGCGAGCUGCGGCACAUCACCAAGUUGAAGCCGUGGUCUCUGUUCGACGUGCUGGUCGAAAAGUACGGCUGGUCGCACGAAGACGCCGGCCACUUCACGCAGUUCCUGCUGCCCAUGCUGGAGAUGGUGCCUGAGAAGAGGGCCUCGGCCGGGGAAUGCCUAAACCACCCCUGGCUCAGCUCAUAGCCGCAAACUUCGGUCACGUCCCAUCUCCUUCUCCCUUCAACCUCCCCCCUGCCCCAACUGUGAGCCCAAACAUCGACCUCUGUUGGCAGCAAGUGGAACCGUCACGUAUAGAGACGCUUCCCUCCUCUUCAUUCCAAGCGCACCGAACCAGGCUUUACUCCUACAUGGGGAAUGUAAAAACAAGCAAAAAGCAAUUUCUACAACAAAAAGGAACCGUAGGAUGAGAGGACGGGUUUCAUUGACGAGAACAAAAAUGUUGCUGCCUCUUCCGGCACCAAGACGUUAGCCUCUUCUUCAUCAGUCUUCUUCUUCUUAGUUUAAACUAUUGAAAGCUGUUGGCCUCCACAGUAAGAAGAGUCAACAAGAACCUUUGUUGCACUACUGACAGACGGCCCAGAGCUCCAUCUUCCAUGAACAACUGGAGCCCGUAAGUGUGGGUGUGUGUUAAUUUGCGAGAGAAUGAACGUUUGUGCCUAUGCCCCCAUAUGUAACCACCUUAAAGGAGUACCAACAUCAGACUUUACAGUUUACAGCGUGCUCUCUUCCAUGGAUCCAGUCCUAGAAGAAAAAAACAGAAAAGCUCAUCUCACUCAACAUGGCUUUUUAACAUCCUCUACCGUCCUGAACUGGAACUGCAAGGGGAAGAAAAGAGGACAUCACACUGAUGCAGAAAAGGUUUAUAAUGAAAACGAUCAGUAUUAACCUGGAGAAGAGUCUGCUUGGGGUUAAAGGAUUUUAUUUUGAAAUGCAUGGAGAGACUGCUGAAUGGGCAGGAAGGAAUAUGACAAGCCAAUGAUGGUUUCUGGUUUCAGUUCGUCUUUAGGAAAUAUCGAUGACCUCCUCCACCUUCCUAUUAAGGAUCAACACUUUUCACUCCGAGGUUUUGACAUUCUCUUCUGACUUCAUUCCUAGGGACAAUUUUUCUUGAAUCCUUCUGUGGCACGUUUACUAGAUCUGAUUGGUACUACCCCAACUGACCCCCUGUCUUUUUGCCCUCUGGAGGAACCCCAACUAUCCCUGAGCCUCUCCAGGAAAGGGGGCGGUAACAUGGAAGGUUGCACUUGUCUUUGUAAAUGUCUUUCAGGGAUUUGAAACCUUUGUACAUAGAACUAGAUUUCGCAACGCAAAUAAGCGACUGUGGACAAAUUUGUGGACAAAAAUCCCAACUAUCAUUCCAAAAGAAAAAAAAAAGAAAAGAAAAAUAAAAAAAAAAACUGGUUGUUCUUGGCUUCCCCGUCGGAGAAACAGGAACGGGACAUUCUGCCUCCGACUAAAACUUGGAGGAAUGCUCAAACUGACUCGUGCUGCCACCUGGUGGCAGAACGGGAGUACUGCAAGACUAGGCUCAGUGCCAACACUAUGAGAAGUUUCACCAUCUCUGUCUACUUAAUCACACACACACACACAAAUCUUGAAUCAUCACAAUUAAUCCAGUUGCCUAUUUUCGCAAUAAAUAAAAAAAAGAUGAUUAUAAUUAAAUGGUGAGAUAUUUUUAAAAACUAUUUAAUUCAUUAAAAAUAUAGGGGGGGGGGACAACUUCUCUCUGGUUGUUGUGACUGUAACAGAAAAUUGUCUUAUACUGAGGUGAUUGUGUUUGUCUAUUAGAGAUGUUUUUAUUUGUUUUGUCAUUAUUAUUAUUAUUAUUAUUGAACUUUUUUUUAAAGAUAAAAAAAAAAACACCUCUCCCCUCCCGCAUUACUUGAACAGUGCUGCCCUCUAUGGGCCGUUGAUGGUGAUGAAAAGAAAAACUGUUUUGCAAUAAAGGGUAUGUGAUAAUUUCUUUCCCCCCCAUUUGCCCCCUCAGCCCCAAUUUUUUGCACCGAAUCCUCUCGAUCUUCAUCGCUCAGCCAUGCUGACUGUUCUUCCUGAUGACAUUGACAGAAUUGAGUUUUGUCCGUUUUUCAUUGACAGAUUUAAUAAAUUGUAGAUUAAUGGA